UAAAAAUGCUGUUAAUAGUAAAAUAGAGGAUGAUGUUACUGGUAGUUUUGUGUUUGCUGGCGAGUGCUUGCGGCACCCCAGCGCCCCCAGCCGCGUCAUGCGAACGCGCGCCGCCGCAUGCGCAGCCCGCAGACAGGCAUUACAAGCUGAGUAUCGCUGGUGAUCCCGAUUUGUAUCUACCUGGAGAACUGUACACGGUGCUACUACAUGGGGUUGAUAGUGGAGAAGGGCCCACACCAUUUACAGCGUUUACUAUCUGGGCUGAAGUAUACAAACAAAACAACGAAAAUGAUACGAAAGACGUUAAUGAUACAAUUAAUAACUCGAACCAAUCGUUAGGCAGUUUUCAAGCUUAUGACGCCCAGACAAAGGUAUAUGACGACUGUAAGCCAGCAAUAGGUAAUGCUACUGCUCAUCCCAAAACUGACAUACAGGUUAUUUGGACUGCUCCGACGAGCACCAUAGACAGUUGCAUUCGAUUGUGCGCUCGUGCGUUUCUCGCGAAGCCAAAAGAUGCCGACGAGCGGCCAUGGUCUGUGUUGGCGCGAAAGCUGUGCCCAGCUCCCGCCGCGACUGUCAGCGGUAAUCGACAGACUCCUAUCGUGGAGCCGUGCUGUGCUUGUGAUGAAGCUAAAUACGAGGUGACAUUUGAGGGUCUAUGGUCUCGGAACACUCAUCCCCGGGAGUUUCCCCCGGAAACGGCUCGCGCGCACUUCGGCGACGUGAUCGGCGCGUCGCACACGGCGCAGUACCGCGUGUGGCAGGAGGGCCGCGCUGCCAGCGCUGGGCUACGGCGCCUCGCGGACGAUGGCGCCGCUACUGCUCUGGAAAAAGAACUUAAAGAAGAAAGCGAUCACAUCCGAACAAUAAUCAAGGCGCGCGGUAUAUCAUGGCAACAAGUCUCCAGCGGCGGUAUACCGAGCACCUUUGCGGUGUUCCGAGUAGACGCGAAGCACCACCUGAUGUCCCUCGCCGCCAAGCUGGCGCCCUCACCCGACUGGAUCGUCGGUGUCUCCGCGCUUGAGCUGUGCAAUGCCAACUGCACAUGGACCAGGUCUGCAACACUACCACUGUACCCCUAUGACGCAGGGACUGAUAGCGGCUUGAGUUAUACGGCACGCCGUCAGCCGACGACUCCGCCUGCGCCGGUACGUGCACUGCGUCCGGACUGUCACGAGUAA